AUGGAUGGAUUUGCUAGGUUUCUGAACCAUAUUCUGAUGGAGGAAAGUCAAGGGCUUGAGCCUUGCAGGACCGGGGGGGUGUUAGUUGUCCUUGACAAGAAGAGGGGAAAACAAGGGUCGGGUGAUCAACGUGGCGCUGGAUUUGGAUUCGCCCAACAAGAUGCGCAUCCUGAGGCACGCCUUCCCCAACCUUUCAUCAGGCAGACACCAGGCAUCUCCCAGGCAUCAAGAGAACUCGGUAAGGCCGAACAAACCAACAAACUUGAGGUCGCAUCCACUACUAGUCUACAUCAUCCACUGCAUCCUUUAGCUUCGUCUGAAAUUGAGCCAGAAGCGCUCGGUUGUUCGGACCCUCUAUCCGAAUGCGUCUGCUUAUCGCUGAUGGACUGA